CGCUGACGAUUAGAUUUUCGUCCCUCUCGUUCUCGGUGUUGUUGUUCUCGGUGACGCGACGGAGGUGUAGCCUGACGCGGUCUCUUACGUGUCGGCCUGAAUAAAAGUGGAGCUCCGAGGGCCCGGGAGUGACGGAGGGAGUCUGUAUCGCUACGUCGAUGACCAUGGAGUCGGGAGCAGAGGUUCAGCAGGGAGGAGACACAGCAGUGUCAGAAUCAGAGAGCCAACAGAUUGCCCAGGCACAGAUAGCCACACUGGCGCAGCAGGAUUAUGUUUAUGCUUUGCAGGUUUCCAUGGCGGCGGGCCACGCCACGUCCAGCGGUCCCACCGUCACCCUGGUGCAGCUGCCCAACGGUCAGACGGUGCAGGUUCACGGGGUCAUCCAGGCCGCUCAGCCGUCAGUCAUCCAGUCGCCUCAGGUCCAGACUGUUCAGAUCUCUACUAUAGCAGAGAGUGAAGACUCCCAGGAGUCAGUCGACAGUGUGACCGACUCCCAGAAACGCAGAGAGAUCCUGUCACGACGCCCCUCAUACAGGAAGAUCCUGAAUGACCUGUCGUCAGGUGACACGCCUGGAGUCCCCAGGAUCGAGGAAGAGAAGUCAGAGGAGGACACGACGCCCGCCAUCACAACAGUUACCAUGCCCACGUCGUGCCCCAUUUACCAGACCAGCACCGGCCAGUACAUCGCCAUCACCCAAGGCGGUGCGAUCCAGUUGGCCAACAACGGAACCGACGGGGUCCAGGGACUGCAGACCCUGACCAUGACCAACGCGGCAGCCGCCCAGCAGGGCACCACCAUCCUGCAGUACGCCCAGACUUCAGACGGACAGCAGAUCCUGGUGCCCAGCAACCAGGUGGUGGUACAAGCCGCCUCCGGAGAUGUGCAGGCCUACCAGAUCCGCACGGCUCCCGCCAGCACCAUCGCCCCCGGUGUGGUUAUGGCCUCGUCCCCUGCCUUGUCCGGCCAAGGGGGCCCAGAAGUUGAAGUUACCAGAAAGAGGGAGGUCAGACUCAUGAAGAACAGAGAGGCGGCUCGCGAGUGUCGCAGGAAGAAGAAGGAGUAUGUCAAGUGUCUGGAGAACCGCGUGGCCGUGCUGGAGAACCAGAACAAAACCCUCAUUGAGGAACUUAAAGCACUUAAAGACCUGUACUGCCAUAAAUCUGAGUAGUUCUCUCCCCAACCCCUGAACUGCCCCCACCCCCCUUAGACUGACCCCAGAGCUGUACAGACACUCUGCCCGCUAUUGGCCAAUGGGCAUGACUCAUGACAUCCGAAGCAAGAGGAUGUGAGAGAGAAGACAGAAUGAAUUGGAUUGGUGGAUGGGAGUUUAGUGACAGUGCUUUGUGGGAGUACGAGUUUUUCUCUGGUGAACACAACCACUGUGCGUCCACUAAUCUCCCAUCCACCAAUCCAUUUUCACCCCGUCUUCUCUCUCACCUCCUCUUGCUUCAUCUCCUUCUUCUCCCGCUCACUUCCGUUCAGCCUUUCACCCCACGGCUCUCCCUCUUAUCCCAGCGUGGAACCCCCCACCCCCGACGGAUGAGGAUUCAUUCAUCAGUUGUGGUUCCAUUGAAAAUGUCUUGAAAUGUUACACUAACUCUAUUACACUAUCCGAGCUUCUUGUUUGAGGUUGGUUCAUUGGGAAGUCCCCUCACAGACUUCCAAUGUCAGUUUGGAAAUGUUAUUUCACCCAAAGACGCUUAGCUGUUUACCAACAACGGUUAACCAAUCAAACAGGAGGGUUAGCGUCCGUCUGACAGUCCAGUCAGCCCGACAGGAAUCAAGACAGUCCCUAGAACUCUGGUAUUGGAGUCAGCUUGGACAGGUAUAUGAGAUUGCUCUGCACAGUGGAUCACAAUGUUGUUGUAGGUCUCAGUGUUUCAAUUACACCACCAUGAUGGAGAUGACCCUUCAACUUGGAUUCCUCAUCCAUUUCAAGUGUCUUAGAUGUUUUCCUGCUUUUGUUACUUGUUGAUAUCCGAGAUUGCUUUUAGUUUUUGUUAUGCUCUCAUGACAAGAUGUGUGUUGUUGCUGGGUGAUGGAAUAUGGAUCCCAUAUGAAUACUGAUGGAAACAGUCAUGUCUGAAAAUAGUUGUCAGUGGACUCCACAUGGCCCUCAGGGUUAAUGUCAGUUCCCUGAGGUAAAAUUCAUCUAAAUUAUUAUUUCUGUAAUUUUGAGUCUUUAGCAUACAGUAUCUGCAUACUUAUGAGUACAUUAACAAUAUGUCAGUACAUUUUUAGGGAUCCAUCUUUCAACAACUCAGUAACAUAUACUUUGUGUUCUGUUUAUGGUAGGUCAAAUUAGUACCAUAUUGUAUUACAUGAGAAUUUUUCUUUUUAUAUUAUUACUGUACAUGGAGCCUACAGCAUGUGUAGAUUUUAAUGAUAUUUCUAUUCAUUUGAUAAGAAAAUUGUAAUUCAUAUUCUGAAACCAAUAUAGAUUUACGUAUUUCUAUCAUAUACUGCAGUACAUAAAAUUAAAAAAAAAAGAUAUACAGAUAUACAUGUAUAUUCCUGUAGCUUUCCAGGCCUAUAACAUUGUCGGCAGCUAUUUGAGAAAAAGGCCUUUUUUUAAACUCAUCAUGCUUUGCGGUGCUCUGCUCUGCUACUCUUUAAGUUUUGUUCUGAAAGUAAACGUUUUGUAGACAAGCCAGUGGACAGUAUGUUUGAAGCAAAUGCAACCCACUCUAUAUACCCUUUCAAUAAUUGCUCUAGUUUUAAUUUUGCUGUAAAUGACUAACAAAUAAAUCUAAUGCUGCCUGCCAUACCACUCAUCUGUACAGAUGACUGGAAUCCCUAAGAGGUUUAAAGGGCCUCUUGUGAAUGUCAUAACAUGUUUACUUUAAAUGUAUUUGAUCAGAGGCCUGUGAAAUGAAUCUUUUUUUACUUUUUGUAUUUCCCCACUAGAAAGGCAGCAACACAAUUAACGCUGUUUUCCUUUUUGUUAGAUAUUAUGUCAUCAUGUUUAACGUCACGGUACAGUAAAUGCAUUAUUAUUCUUUUUACUUUAUGAAUAAGAAUGAAUUCUAAACAUCAGAAUGCUCCUGGGUGGAUGUGUAAACAUAAUUUGAGGAAAAAAUCACCAACACAUUGGAAUUGGAAUUCCAAAAGCUGCUUUCAAUGUGAAUACCCAGAUUCAUCUCACACAGCUCAAACACAUUACAAGGCUUUGCUUUUUAAGUUUUCUGUUUGCUUUUGGGGUGGGGGUAAGAGUAGCCUGAAUAUGGUUUGUAUUUUUGUGUAUGUUGAGAUUCACUCUAUCACAGUUUAUCUUGCUUGCUUUAUUUUUAUACAUUAAAGGACUGUUUAAAAUGUACAACAUCCAUAAUGGAAAUUAUAUUGUAAAAAGGAUAGUGGGUUGCGUUGGGGUGAAAUGGUUACAGAUAGUAAAGUUUCUCAUCAUUAUUA